AAAUCCGAACUCUCUUCUUCCUCUUUCCCAGUUGGCAGAAACCCUAAACUCUUUUUUUUUUUUUUAUCUCUCAAAUCUCUCGUCCUCUCGUACUCCAACAAUGGAGUUUUGGGGAGCUAAAGUUAAGGCUGGCCAGACUCUCAAAGUGAAGCCUGGUGAAAACUGUCUCAUCCACAUCUCUCAGGCUUCCCUUGGUAAAGCGGAAAAUGGAGUAUUUGGCCUCUUGUAUGCCACCGUUGAUGACAAGAAACUCCUCCUUGGAACCCUCUCUCAAGAUAGCUUCCCUCACAUCAACUUUGAUCAUCUCCUCUUUGACAGAGAAUUCGAGCUCUCCCACACCCUGGACAGAGGAUAUGUCCAUUUCAUUGGCCACCAGCGCAACAAGAAGAAGAGGGCUAAUGAAUCUUCCAAAACGCCUGUCUCCUUCAAUACAGGUAAUAGCGUGUUGCAACCUUGUUCUGAGAGCAAAACAAAUCAGAGGAAGCAGAAGAUACAGAAGGAUAAUUCUGAGGAAAUCAAAGAGAUGAAUAAAUCUAUCAAAGAGCUGUCUGAAGCUGUGAAAACGCUGCAACAGAUUCUAUUGACAAAAGCCGAUCUACCAGAGGAGAAAGAAACCCCAAAGAAAAAAGAGGAAGAUUCUUGCUGUUUCGGAUGUGAAGAAGCGACGGGAAACAAUGAGCAAACCAUUUUCGUCAAAGGGUUUGAAAAUGUGCGACCUAGGGCUGAAAUCAAGAAUGCAUUGAGAAACUUUUUCGGUUCUUGUGGAGAGAUCACUAGGGUUUAUGUUCCCAUAGAGUGUAGAAACCGCGUUCCCUUAGGGUUUGCUUUCAUUGAUCUGAGAAAGGGUGAAGGCAAUGAGAAGGCGUUGGAACUAAAUGGAAGUUACAUGGGAGGAAAGGAGCUUGAGGUGACGAUGGCUAGUCAUAGAGACGAAUACUAUGGCUUUACUGACUUUCAUGGUUGUGAACGCUGUCCAGUGUUUCUAGACCAUAUUUACUUCCCCUCCUUGAUUAAACACCGUCGUUCUGUUUAUAGGUGAGAUUCACCGUCUACUUCCUUUUGGCAUCCCUUACAGACGAACCACAGCUAAUAUAUUGGUCGUUUUACUGUUGAUGCUACUUUUUGUUUAUCUACCAGCUACAUCAUCAAGCUUAUUUUAUUGACUAAUUUAUGUACAUGUUUCAUGUGUUCAACCAAAAUCACAACCAAGUCCAAUCA